AUGACUUCAGUAACGGGUAGAACCGCAUCACAAACCACAAAUAACACCACCACGUCACAGACCCCAAAAAUUGUCAUUUCGCCACCUAAAACGAAAACCAACUCUACUGCAAGCACUACUGUUAGCACUGCUGCAGCUAAAGAACGGAUAGGUGCAAUACACGGGUUUUUAAUAGGUGGUGCGGCUGCUUGUGCUGCUGUCACUUUUACAAACCCUUGGGAGGUGGUUAAAACACGUUUUCAACUACAAGGAGAAGGAGAACUGGCACGAGCUUCGGCGAAUUCACCGAAACCAUAUAAAAAUAUAUUUCAAGCAUUCUAUAUAAUUUCUAGAUAUGAGGGAUUACGCGGGAUACAGCAAGGUUUAGGCCCUGCAUACGCGUAUCAACUAGUAAUGAACGGAUUGCGCCUUGGCCUAUACGAUCCCAUACGUAACUCAUUAACCAGUACAUUCAACGCUUCAAACACUUCAAUGGCAAUAAGUAUGGCAGCAGCCGGUAUAUCAGGAAUAGUAGGUGCCGCAAUCGGUUCACCACUCUACCUCGUAAAAACACGCAUGCAAGCACAUGUAAAAACGCGCAUGCAAGCACAUUCACCACAAUUCGCCGUCGGUCAUCAACACAGCUAUCGAAACACAUUUCACGCGUUAACCUCAAUAUGGAGAGAAGGUGGCCUGCCAGGCCUGUAUCGUGGAGCUGAUGCUUCAAUGCUUCGAACGGGGGUUGGCUCAUCGGUUCAAUUGUCGAGUUAUUUCCUGGUGAAACGGUGGGCGAUACAAAAAACCGGAAUGAGCGAUAAUGAUAUUCUGAUUCACUCAUUUUCGAGCAUGGUUACCGGUGUGUUUGUGUGUAUUGCGAUGAAUCCGUUUGAUGUGAUUAGCACGCGUAUGUAUAAUCAGAAGGCGGACGAAUCGGGAAAAGGAUCAUUAUACAAAAAUACAUUUGACUGUUUUGCUAAAACUAUUCGGGCAGAGGGUAUAAUGGGAUUAUAUAAAGGAUUUGGCGCACAUUAUCUAAGAAUUGGGCCAAUGGCAAUGUCAGGGAUAAGAGGUCAUAGUGGUACGCCAGAAUCAAAUUUUCAGAAGGAUCACCACCAGCAAACAUUGGGAUUUUUCGGUUUAGGAACAGGUAAUAAUAGUGUUGCGCCCUCCCCAAUCAUGCCGACAAUUCCAGUGGCAUAUUCGAGUUCGCCGAAUUUGCCAGAAGGCACAACCCUUCCUAUAAACAUCAAUAAUCAUCAUUCAAGGAGAGCGAAUGUAUAUUAUCCUCCCAGUCGAUAUCACCCGCAUUCUUCAAGUCCGUACCAACAACAGCAACAUCACGCGUAUAAUAACCGAACGCCCGGUAGUAGUUAUGCUUCCAUCGCUUCGUCACCACCAAUGUCACCUAGUUUAAGAUCAAUGCGAAGAGGUUCGCUGGGUGGUCAGAAUAGCGAGUUAUUUGGGAGUCUAGUUGGAAGUUAUGAGGAAUCUAUACUUAAUGGUCGUAUGUCGACUGCUCCCUCUAAACCAAUUACUUUUAUCGCACAAAUUGGUGUAUUGGGACGAGGAAAGUGUAAGUCUUCAUUAAAAUGUCCGCCACAUGCUAAUUUGAUAUUUCCUGCCUACUUUUACAAUUUGGAGGACGACGAUAAUCCAACGCCGUAUGUAGGAAAUGUCGACUUGGAGAAUGGGUUAAUAGGCGAAAGAUUCAAAAGAUUUCCCGGUGGAUACCGCCUUCCAUUAAAAGGCCAACUACAAAUGGUGAUAAAAAACCAAAACAAAACGGCCGUAAAAUUUUUCCUCGUUCCCUACGAUUUCUCAGAUAUUCCGGCCGGGUACAAAACGUUUAUACGACAAAAAUCGUAUUCUGUCCCAUCAUCAUUAUCACCAUUUGAAGUGGAAGAAUCAUCAUCAUCAUCACCCCACUCGUCAAAACCAGUAUUACGUUACGCGAUUCAUCUGCAAUUCUGUUCACCCGCAAAACGGAAACUCUAUCUGUACAAGUAUAUUCGUGUGGUUUUCGCGAAUCGAGUACCGGAUGGUAGUGAAAAGCUAAAUAUUAUAUCGGAGGGCCCCGGCGAGCCACGUUAUGUUCCUAUUGGAUCGUAUAAUGGUUUGUUACAGGGGUUAUCGUUUAUGUCUGACGAAGGCGAAGAUAAGGAUGAAGAGAAGCAUGCGAGAAAGUUAAGAAAGCGAGAAAAAUCAAAAAAAGUUGUUGAGCAAAAGGACAUUGAGCUGGUGGAGAAUGAAAAUUGA